AUGGAGGAGAUUAGGAUAGGGAUUGAGCUGGAGUCGAUGAUGGCAGAAUUGGUGGAGUUUGAAGACGUAAACCAGUUGAAUGGAAGAAGCCAGAAAUGUGUCCGGAAAACUGAUGUACAGAGGUCGUCCUCUACUGGUGUUAUUUCCAUGGUCCGAUGGCAGGCUAUAGCGUAUAUUGCUGCUAUAUCUAUGGUGGUGUUUGGAGGGACUAAGGCUCGGUUUAGAAGGCAAUGUAAAGGGGGAACACAGGCUGUGGAUAGCUGGUAUCUUUUAGAACCUUAUCAACAAAUCCAGCUUGGUUUCUACGUUUCUCCUUGUAUCCGUUUUAUUUUCAAUGCAAAGACAAUCACAUCUCAAGAAGUUGAGGAUCAGAGGGAGUUCGAUUAUAUGAGAGGUAGUGGAAGAGGGCCUGACAAAUGGGGUGAAAUUCAUGAAGAAUGGGGAGCUUGUAGUAAUGGAACUUUACAAUCUCCAAUUGAUUUGUUGCAUGAAAGGGUUGAAGUUGUACAUAAUUUAGGUAAAAUAAAGAAGCGCUACAAAGCAGCCAACGCCACUCUGAAGAAUAGAGGACAUGAUAUUACGCUCCAAUGGGGAAUUGGCACUGCUGGAUUCAUUAGAAUCAACAGGACCGAGUAUGCGCUCGAUCAAUGCCAUUGGCAUUCACCUUCAGAACACACUAUCAAUGGCAAGAGAUUUGCUCUAGAACUGCAUAUGGUUCAUCGAAAUCUUGAACAAAACAAGACGGCUGUCAUAGGUGUACUAUACAAAAUAGGAGGACCUAAUUCGUUUCAUACAGAGUUGGAGAAGGAUAUACAGAACAUUUCCGACACCGAUAUGGAGACUCACAAGGAGAUUCACAAAGGAAUGGUUGAUCCAAGACACAUAAAAACGGCCGGCGGGAAAUAUUACAGAUACUUGGGUUCUCUUACUACUCCACCUUGUACUGAAGGUGUCAUUUGGACCAUCAACAGAAGGAUGAGGACUGUUUCAGAAAAACAAAUGAUGUUAUUGAGAACAGCCGUGCACGAUAAUUUUGAGGAAAAUGCAAGACCUUUGCAACCUCUUAAUAGAAGGGACAUUUUCUUCUCGGGCCCAAAGCAUCGCCAAACACAUGUUUAAUAAUUAAACACCACAUCAAGUUGAAUUGUUGAAGCAUACCCAAC